GUUUGAUAAUGAAUGCCAUCUGUGAUGUCAUACAUCGCACAGCUGUUCUGUUGCAGGUUCAAAACAAAUAUCAGCAGCCUGUCAGUUAUUUCUGGAAAACUAACACUGCAAACGUUUAAAAAUGAAAAGAAGGAAAGCGUAUAAAUCGUGGGAACAAGCCCGAGAAGAUAUAGAAAAUGCUCUUCGUGAUAAAUGUAACUCAAACCUCAAUGAACUGUGCAUCGAAUCUGGUCUGCAAUUGAAAAACUCGGUUUCCCAUUUUCCAAGUCCGGUGUUCAGCGUUGCUUAUUGCAGAGAAAACAAGAGUUUGCAGGAGUAUUAUUUCGUGAAUUAUAUGGCUUCGGAGAGUGGCAGAAAUUUUGUAACUAAAUGGAAAUUGGACCCUCAGGAAGGAACGUCAAAAAUUCAAAAACGUUUUCCAAUAAAGAACUGUUUAAAGACCAUGAUCUGGAUUCCAAAUCAACAUGCAUGUAUUGGUUAUUGUGAAGAUCUGACCAUCCGUGGCUACAAUGGAACAACAUUUGAGGAGAAAACUCGUCUUACUGUUCAACGGAGUAUCCUUUGUAUGAUUUAUCUGGAAGAUUUCGAUGAACUUAUCACUGGAGGACAAGGAUUUGUAAUGUCGUGGAAAGUCCGCUUCAUUGAGUUUGGACUUCCUGUGGAGGAGAUGGAACCUCAUCUCACAUGUGAUGUCAAUUUCAGCAGAGAAUGGGUGAGGCGAUUGGUAUACGACAAAUCAACAAAGAUGUUGCUUGUGUUAACUGAUCAAGCCGUGUAUAUUGUGAGCAUGGUGACACGAACACAGGUAGAGGUGAUCCACAACACCCAUGAAGCUUCACUAACUUACUGCACCUUCUAUCGACCUUAUUCAUACUUUAUAACUGCAGCAAGAAAUGGGACAAUUCAUGUUUAUCAUACUGAUUAUGUCAGUUGUGGUCAUGCCAGUCUAUCUUGAUGUUGAUAGCGAAACUACUGGACAACGAUUACAAGCAGUGUUAAUUGGUUUGGAUAACGGGUACAUUAAACUUUAUGAUGGGGGUGAAAAGUCAAAUGAACCAAGAACUGAAGGUGAAGGUGGAAGAAAAAUAAGCGUGCGUUGCAAAACCAAUAUCAAUGAUGUUGGACCGUACUUGGUUAUGGACGAUAUAAAGGCACAUUUUGGUGAAGUGGUUUUGCUUUGUUCUCCAUUUGAAGGCAGUUUUCGCUACAAAUCUGAAACUGUACACAACACGCUUAUAAGCUGUGGCUCUGAUGAGAGGAUUAUCAUAUGGAGAGCAUCAACAGCGGAUACCAACAAUACCAUAUACUUACAAAUCAUGAUGCAGAAGUUGAAAAUCAUAAAACUUUGUGAAGUCUCAUCUUGUAUUGGGUUGACUGAUAAUGUUAUAUUGUUUGGAUUCAUAAACGGUGUGAUUGAAUUGCAUAAAGCGGAAUGGAAACAGAUGGAAGCAAUGAAAGGAGCUGAAAUAACAUUUGCUGGAAGCAAAACACUGCUCAGUCAUGUGAAGAGAAUCUCACUUGAUCCCGAACUCUGUCAUAAAGAUGUUGUGACAAGUGUCAGUGAGUCUCAUCUGCUUCAGUUGUUUGCUACAACCUCUAAAGAUAAAUUUAUUAAAAUAUGGAACACAGAAGGACAGCUAAUAAGAGAAGUCUUACUUGGUGAUGUGGUCACAUCUGUGUGUUUUGCAAAUGGAAGAGAUCUUCUUGCUUCAUUGCAUAAUCACAUUGUUAGAAUGGAAGCUCAUGCUUAUCUACCAACAGAAUAUUUGGAGAAGAUUCUCUCAAUUGCAGAUGAGUUUGGGAUAUCAGAGUUGGAACCUGAAGUCCCGAUACCAAUGGAAGGAUCAACGGAUAAGAUGGUUUGUGUCAUCCAAGGGGGUGAGGAAGAAGAGGAAAGUGAACCAUUUGAUAAGUGGUCUACAACUCCAAAGAAAAGAGAAGUGAGCUCACCAGUGAAGACAGUUCGGCGAAACAGACAAACUUUGGAAAUGUAUCUUAAACUUCAGCAAGAAGAGGAACAGGAAGAAGUUUUUAUGGAAACGAGUUUGCAGAAACGUGAAGCCCCUGUAUCUCGCAAUGUAGACAAAGCUGCAUUACUCAUUUCAAAGUUGGAUCUUGAAAAGAUGGAAAAAUAUCCGAUAGCUCCAGAUGGAUAUAUACCAAACUCAGUCAUCCGACAGAAAGUCUUCCCCCCACCUCCCCUACCUCCUCCACCUUUCUUCAAAAUACCAUCUUCCAUUUCAUCAAGCACCAUUGGCUUUGCAUACUCACAGGAAUAUGUUUUGGAUGAGUUUUCCGAUUGGGACUUGACAAAGUACAUGCAUUAUGAUAGCAGCAGUGGUGAAGAAAGAUGGUCUGAUAUUGAGGAUUACGGUUUCUCGAGCAACUGUGGUCAGUGGGAAGCAAUCAGAGAGCUUCGACAUUUUGAACUAAAGAAAUAUUUAAAAGGAAGAAGGGAAGAAGGAAAUAUGAAGAUCGUUAUAACUCCUAAGAGAGGAAAACCAAGAAUAAAGAAACUACCUGUAAAAACACCUUCGCCCGAACCCGAAGUAGUGGAAGAACCUGAACCUGAACCUGUAUCUAUAGUUGAUGACACGCCCCCAACCCCACCCCCUCAACCUGAUAAACUGAGUUUACUUUUAAAUGAAGUAAGUCGACAAAUGUGGUGUCCACGUAAGAUCACUGUGGAUUUAUUGGAGUAUGAGCUACCUGUGUUGGCCUCUGUGCUUGAGAAGUCUGGAAGAAAAAUAACCUCAGCGGUUUGCCACUACCUCUCGCUUAUACAUGAUGCUUGUACUGAAUAUAUGGAACAAAGUGGUGAAAAUUUGUUCCCUGAAGAAAUAGAGUCCGAGUUUGCGGAAAAUCUUUCUAAACUGUUGUUGAGCCAAUAUGCCUCAUGUCAGAUAGCAGCAGCAGAAGUCAUCACUAAAUUUAACAUUAAAUUUAUUAAAGAUGCGAUCUUAUCAGUUCUGAUGCCACAGUUCAUGAAGUCGGAUGGGUCUGGCAUUUCAGAAGAUCCGGAAGUAAUCUCAUUUGCAUCAAGCGUCAUUGCCAAAUUGUCUCCUCUCAUCUCCGUGGAAGAUCUCAUCCACAUCUCGAAGAUGAUGAGUAUUGGUGAUUUCCUCCACACACGGAUCAACGAAGAAGAAACCACCAACAUCAUCAGCUCUUCUUUGCUCCAAGCUGGAGUGGAGUUCACUGAUGUUGCUGUGUGGGCAAGUUUUAUUUUGCCUUUGCUUCCUGAGAAGCCACCUCCACCCAAACCUAAAAGGAAACCAUCUGUCAUGCCCACACUUGCAAAGCAAAACUCAUUCAUCAAGAAAAACGUGGAGAAAGUGAUUGCUCCACCUUCCCCUAUUAUCCCGUCAGAACCUGUUCAAACCGACUCGAUUCGGGAUAUUUCGACACAGAAAUUGAGUGUUAUAAAAAUGCCCCAGCAAGAAUUCGACACUCUGGUAUUCCAGCCCUCCACAACAUCUACAGAUAGCAGUGGGUCAGACAGAGAUAGUUUUCUGUAUUACAAUCCACCAAGGCCAUCGAUUGAAGAAAAGCGGUCAGAUGUUUCUCUACCUAACCAAAUUCCAGAAACCAACUUUCCAUCAGAGUUAGCGUUGGUGAAUGAAUUGCGUCGCAUGUCGAACACAGAAGAGUUUUCUCUCAUUCGACCCGUAAGCCUCACCAACACACUCAAGAAACAUUCCUCUACAAGGUUCAGUUUAUUGGACGUAACUCGCUCAAAAGAGAAAAACUUAAGAAAAGAAAGUGUUCAACUGCUGAAGGUGAUGAAACGUGUUUCGACAUCGAAGAGUAUGCACGACCUUCAUAAAGUGGGCCCAGUUAAAGCAAGCAGAGUUAUCACGAAAGAAAGCAAAACAAUGAUCAGUCCGAGUUUAUCAGAUGUUGCUUCCGUCCAGUCAUGGAAGGAGACGAUUGAAACCGCGCCAACCAAUGAUACAAAAGAAGGUUCAAAGGUAUCUCCGGUCACCAAUGGUUCAGGUGGAACUGACAAGUCAUCUGAAUCGCUUGUGGUCAGUCGUGGUCGCGAUAAAUUGUCUUCCAGUGAUUCCUCAAAAUCAACAGUGUUAAUUCCACCACCAUUUGAGCAGAGGAUUGAUUCCCCGAUACCUGAAAAGAAAUACAAACCUCCACCCAUCUAUGCCAAGAUAUCUGUCAAACCUGCUGUCAGGAUUAAAAAAGAGGCAGAAGUUGUUUUACCAGAAAUCUCUGAAGCAUCGUCCAAUUCUUCCACCAUCUACCCUGUAUACUCAUUAUCUGGUGGAGAUGAGACAAAAAUCACGACUUCCCUUUCCUCUCCUGACACAAGCGGGGUGGAAAUUGCGCAAUGGCGGGUGAUACUGCGGAACUUACGGAUAACUCGCAUCACUAAAAGUCAGAAACGAAAAGCAGCUCUAACCGAAACUAAUCUGACGUCUCUUGCUCGUCCUACACUUCCAACUAUUCAAAAUUGGUCCGACUCCUUCACUGUGACCAAUUGCCGCCCGAAAGUGACGUCUCCGGGUCGUUCACUGCAGCGUCGCGUUUCGGAUCGAUUACGAAAGGAAAGUCGUACUAUGCGAACGCCCGCAUUCGCUGUCGCUAGACGGCGCAGCGCUGAAGGGUUGACGUCCAAGUUUGAAUGGGCAACUCCGUUUGCACCUGCUCACGUACGCCAUUCGAUUCGAUGAAGGUUUAAACAAUUUUUUAUGGCAUGUAAAAUCUUGCUGUUUAGUGAAAUAUCUGUAAUAUACUAUUUUCCCGAAUUAUAUGCUUAAAUUUGUAAUAUUGCCAUGUUGGAUAUAUCGCCGUGUAAUAAACAUACCGCUAAGCUAUAUUGCUAACAUUAUAUAAAUUGCGACUAAUAUUUCAAUUCAAUUGUUCAGAUGUGGUUAAUUGGUAAUACAUUAGGGUGGGGGAAGAUGGAACACCUUUUUAGUCUAUUUUUCCAUCCCAUUUGGUAGUAAACAAGGAACAUUCAAAAAAUUAUACCCCAUAGACCGAUGUCCCAUGUUCCCCCACCCUACUUUUUGAACAAAUAGAUUUUACGUCGUCGUGAUUAGUGCUUAGCGCGCCACUGAGUUUUGUUUACUGCUUAGCCAUCCUUAAUGUUUCCAACAACACGUUCUAUUUAAAGACAGGAUGCUAAAGCGAUUAAUGGAUUGUACGUGACGUAUAGCCUAUAUGCAACCCGUCGCUGGUUUAACUUCCUGCUUUGUUACAUAAACUUACAGCCCAAGUUUAAACAUUUUCUUUAUUUUUUGUUUCAAGCAUAUUUUGAUCCAUUCGCUCCAUCAUUUUUUGAGUAUAAGAUUAGCCUACAUGUAGACUUCAUAUAUUGUAUAAACACACCCUGUCAGUUUAUAGGUUAACUUAAUAAAGUGAUUAAUACGGCGCCCAG